CACCAGGACAGCUGCGCAGACUGAGCACCGCCCAGCAGGAGAGCAGGGACUACGGAGAGGAGGCCCCCCGGCACCCCUGGUCCCCCGCACCCUAGGCCGCUCACCAUGGCGCUGGGCCUGGAGCAGGCGGAGGAGCAGCGGCUGUACCAGCAGACGCUCCUGCAGGACGGGCUCAAGGACAUGCUAGACCACGGCAAGUUCCUGGACUGUGUGGUGCGGGUGGGCGAGCGCGAGUUCCCGUGCCACCGCCUGGUGCUGGCCGCCUGCAGCCCCUACUUCCGGGCGCGCUUCCUGGCCGAGCCGGAGCCGGCGGCGGGCGAGCUGCGCCUGGAGGACGUGGCCCCGGACGUGGUGGCCCAGGUGCUGCACUACCUGUACACGUCGGAGAUCUCGCUGGACGAGGCGAGCGUGCAGGACCUGUUCGCGGCGGCGCACCGCUUCCAGAUCCCGUCCAUCUUCACCAUCUGCGUGUCCUUCCUGCAGAAGCGCCUGUGCCUCUCCAACUGCCUGGCCGUCUUCCGCCUCGGGCUCCUGCUGGACUGCGCGCGCCUGGCCGUGGCCGCCCGCGACUUCAUCUGCGCGCGCUUCUCGCUCGUGGCGCGCGACGCCGACUUCCUCGGGCUCUCGGCCGACGAGCUCAUCGCCAUCAUCUCCAGCGACGACCUCAACGUGGAGAAGGAGGAGGCGGUGUUCGAGGCGGUGAUGCAGUGGGCGGCCGGCGGCGGCGGCGACGCCGAGGCCAAGGCCGAGCGCCAGCGCGCGCUGCCCACCGUGUUCGAGAGCGUGCGCUGCCGCCUGCUGCCGCGCGCCUUCCUGGAGAGCCGCGUGGAGCGCCACCCUCUCGUGCGCGCCCAGCCCGAGCUGCUGCGGAAGGUGCAGAUGGUCAAGGACGCGCACGAGGGCCGCCUCACCGUGCUGCGCAAGAAGAAGAAGGAGAAGGGGAAGGAGGCGGCCGGGCCCAAGGCGGCUGACAAGGGCACCGGCGACGCCAAGGCAGAGGGGGAGGAGGAGGACGACGAGCGCGUCCUACCUGGCAUCCUCAACGACACGCUGCGCUUUGGCAUGUUCCUGCAGGACCUCAUCUUUAUGAUCAGCGAGGAGGGCGCCGUGGCCUAUGACCCGGCGGCCAAUGAGUGUUACUGCGCCUCCCUCUCCACGCAGAUCCCCAAGAACCACGCCAGCCUGGUGACGAAGGAGAACCAGGUCUUCGUGGCCGGGGGCCUGUUCUACAAUGAGGACAACAAAGAGGACCCCAUGAGCUCUUACUUUUUGCAGUUUGACCACCUGGACUCGGAGUGGCUGGGGAUGCCGCCGCUGCCCUCGCCGCGCUGCCUCUUCGGCCUGGGAGAGGCUCUCAACGCCAUCUACGUGGUCGGCGGCCGGGAGCUCAAGGAGCGGGAGAGCAGCCUGGAUUCGGUGCUGUGCUACGACCGGCUGUCGUUCAAAUGGGGAGAAUCGGACCCGCUGCCCUAUGCGGUGUACGGCCACGCCGUGCUCUCCCAUAUGGACCUUGUCUACGUCAUUGGCGGCAAAGGCAGCGACAGGAAGUGCCUGAACAAGAUGUGCGUCUAUGACCCUAAGAAGUUCGAGUGGAAGGAGCUGGCUCCCAUGCAGACGGCCCGGUCACUCUUCGGGGCCGCCGUCCAUGACGGCCGCAUUUUUGUGGCCGCCGGGGUCACCGACACAGGGCUGACCAGUUCCGUGGAGGUGUACAGCAUCACAGACAACAAGUGGGCGCCCUUUGAGGCCUUCCCGCAGGAGCGCAGCUCGCUCAGCCUGGUCAGCCUGGCGGGCACCCUCUAUGCCAUCGGUGGCUUUGCCACUCUGGAGACUGAGUCCGGGGAGCUGGUCCCCACAGAGCUCAAUGACAUCUGGAGAUACAAUGAGGACGAGAAGAAGUGGGAGGGUGUCUUGCGGGAGUUGGCCUAUGCCACCGGGGCCACCUUCCUACCGGUGCGACUCAACGUGCUGCGCCUGACCAAGAUGUGACCAGCCCGGAGGGCCUGAACGAAGCACCGUCCCAUCCUGUGGCCCGCACGGGCCGGGCCUCCUGGGGGCUCCAGGGAUGAGGCUGGGAGAGGCCAGAGCCCACCUGGACCGGUGAUAAUGGCCGAGUGGCUGCUUCAGCCGGGGAAGGUAAUAGCUGCCCAGUCCUAGCCUUGGGGCAGGGACGAGGAAUUUUAGGCCUCUCUGGUGUCUCUGUAUCCCCCUGUUCUUGAGCCAGAACCUCAGGGUCAUAUCCCAGGCUACAUCCCGGGCCUGUCCCAGCCAGGCUGUGUGCCAGCAAAUUCCCCGCAGGACCCAGUGCUGGCUGCCAGAUGGGAACGGUCCCCACCGAGCGCUCCCUGCAGCACAGAUAGGUCUCCUUCUGUGAGAAGAAUAAAGUGCCUUCUGAGCGGGCAGCUCAGGGUCCGGAAGCCGGGGCUCCAAGAGUUAGUGACCGGCUAGUUUGAAGGUUUGGGGCUUUAAUGCUCAGAUUUGGGGUUACCCGGGUUGGUGGUCUCUGCCCUCCAUGUGGGUGUCUCCUCCACACUGCGUGUGCCAAGACCUUGAUCCUCUCCCCGAGGCCCAGAACUCCCUGCUCCUCACCUUGCGUGGACAAGGAGCCAGAAGACUGCUGGGGGGAAGGGAGGGACCAGCCAAACUGUGAUAGAAAAGUCCUUUAUUCUCUUGGUCAGGCCCCAUCUGGCCUGGCCUGGCCUGGGCCCAGGAAUGGCUGAGCCGAGCCGUCCCUCCCCCCCUCCCGCCUACUCCGACUUCAACUUGUCCUGAUUCUGCUCCUCCUCUAGCGCCAGGGUUCGCUCUCGCUCCUUCACCAGCUGAACACCACAGUAGGUGACAAACAGGAUGGCCAGUGUGGUCUGGGGAAACCCUGUGGAGGGAAGAGGUCCUGGAUGACGCUCCUCAGUCAUGCCCCUCCCACUCGACCCGCCCUGGGGAAUUGCGGUGAGGUGGGGGCAUUGCAAAAGGUCACGGUCCUCGAGGGUGCUGCCGGGCACGUUCUGUAUCCACCCCCCUCUUGUCCCUCACCUGAGAGUAUCAGGCGCCGGGCGACCAGCUCUGUGAACUCCAGGCUGUUCAGGCUUACAAGGUUGUACAUGAUGAUAGCCCAGAAGUUCAUGGCCCCAAAGAUGCCCCGGACCCUGCGAGACAUCUGCUCCGACAUAGAGGCCUGCACGGCGCAGGAAAGCAUUGUCAGUGUGGCAAGAGGCCCAGAGGGAAGAGGUCAUGGUCAGUCAGAGGCCUUCCUACAUGGCCACGGAGGCCCUGGGAUAUGCCCGGGUCUGAGAGUCCCAGGCCAGGUCUCUCUCAUUGUUAAAGAUGGGCAAACUGAGGUCUGGAGAGAGGGCAGGGCCUGACCAACAUAGCCAGCCUGGGGGUUCCACACCACAUAGAAGGCAGGGAGGGCCAGAUACCCCCAGGGGAGCCAUUGUCCUGACAACCAGGAGGGUGGUGGUGAGAAAGUUCUGGACUGGGGACCAAGGGUGGCUGGGAGCCUUGAGAGAGCAGCGGUGCCCAGCCAGCCCCUCCCUGCUCACCUCCAUGUGUGCCAAGGGCUCCCUCUCUGCCAGCUUCUGCACCCAGAGCUCAAAGUUGAGGCCAAAGCAGUUUAGGAGUGACCACAGGUAGACAAUGUCACAAGGCCCAAGCCACAGCGUGGUGACGGCAAACGUGGCCACGGAGGCCGCCAGCUCGGGGAUCACCUCAGAGUGCUCCCCGCCGAUGUGGUCGUACACGUACCUGUGGGAAGAGGCGGGUAGGAGACGGGCAAAGGGUACCCAGCAGGGACAGCCUUCCUCGAUGCACAGUCAGCAUUCCUGACCUCAGGUGGCUUCUCUCCGUGGACCCAACUUCGGAAGGUGGAGGGCUCAGCCCGGGACUCCAGAUCUCCUCCAGCUAUGCUCACUCAGUCCCCGGGUGGCCGCAUCCAAACCCAAGGCUCUGAACACUGCCUAUGCUGAGGAGCCCCAAACCUGCGUCUUUAGCCCAGUCUCCCUCCGAACUCCUCUAUCCCACCGUUACCAGACUCCUCACUUGAAGGGCAGGUUCCCCGAUCCCUGCCCAAACCCACUGCAUCCCCAUCUCAGUUCAUGACACUACCGUCCACUCCGUGGUAGGCCGGGAGCCUUCGUGCCUUCCUGCAUACUCAGUUCCCACCUCCACCCACAUCCGCGCCUACAGAUGGGCUCCACUCAGCCCGGGCCACUGCUCACCACCUCCACUACCACCAUCCUAGUCCAGGCCAUCUCCUCCCACAGAGAUGAAGGCCCGUCGCUAGGUCAUCUCCCUGCUUCUGCCUUGGCCCCCUACCCUCACAGCAGCUAGCGGCAUCAUUUGAGAGUGUGGCUUGGAUCACAUCACUCCCACAAUCAAACCUUUGCCCCCAUUACAAUGAGAAUAAAUGCAGCUUCCUUGCUGCGGCUAGACGAUCCCAGGUCCUCUGGAUUCUGCCCACCUUCUCACCGCAUCACCACCAUUCUUGCCCUCGGGAACUCUGCUCAGGCCUCGAUGGCCUUCCUGUCCCUCAGACACAGCGAAGUCCCUGCCUCAAGGCCUUUGCACCCGUUGCUCCCCUAUCGCGAAUUAUCUUCCCCACAUUCCCUGAUCUCUCAAAUCUCAGUUCACAUAUCAUCGCACAGAGGUCUGCCCAGAUCCUGUGGCCAGCCUCUAUCCCACUAUGCUGUGUGCAUUUUUCCAUAAUGCCUACCACUCCCUAAAAUUGUUUAUGUGUGUGUUUACCCGUUUGUGGUCUGUUUCACCCCACUAGACUGUAAGCUCCAUGAGCUUGGGGUCUUUGCCAUGCUCACUGCUGUAUCCCCAGUGCCUAGAACAGUGCCUGGCACGUAGUAGGUGCUUAAUAAAUAUUUGUUAAAUAAAUUCAGUAGACAGCC